AUGACAUUGGAUCUUCUCACAAUUGUUACUGAUAUACAAGCUAAUCGCUUUCAAGGCGGCCAUACGGAGUAUCAGGAUAAACAUCAAUGGAUACAAGUAAAAGAAACAUUACAAGCAGUGUGACUGUUCAGGACAUUGGUGGGACAUUUACCAUUAUCGUGGAGACUGCCACCAUCGUUGUUAAUAUCAUGCCUUUGGUAGUGAUCAUUAGAGGAAGAACAUAUCGCAUGCGAUCAACAACGGAUGAUAUAAUUCUAAUUCUAAGUCUAUUAUACAUUUUCUCUGCUUUGAUUCCGUCUCCAAUUGCACAUAUCAGUUAUUUCAAACAUACCUGGAUUGGAGGAGAGUUAUCCUGCAAACUGUACCAAACACUAAUGCACACGUCCUACCUUUCCGUCUUGUCCACUAUAGCAGUGUUGAUUGUUAAUCAAACAUUGCAAGUUUUCCAUUUUCUAAAUAUGAGAGAAUAUUCACAUCUACAAAGUGCAAAAUGCAAAGUCGCUUGUAUCAUAUUGCUAAACGUCUUGGCUUCUGUCAUCAUUUCCACAAUGCCCAUUGUAGGGCUUGGACCGGCGACAUUUCAAAGUGGACAGUGUGAGUUUUGGCUCAGUCAGAAACUUGGAAGUGUCAACGAAUAUGCGUUUCUAAUGUUAUUCCUGUGUUAUGGAGCUUGUAAUAUCCUACUAAUGUCUACGGCUCUCAUCAUCUCCCUCUGUUGUAAAAAUCUCAUCAAAAGAAAAAUCUGUAUCAACAACGACAUGCAACAAAGCGACAUCCAGUGGCACGUCAUAGGAUCGCGCGUUUUGACCGGAAAUAAUCUAGUUUUCGCAGUUUCAGUCCCUGUAUUAAUCACCUGGGUGCCCACAAUGGUCCUUGUUCUUAUGAGACAAAUUGAUGCGACUGUCAGUGAUGUAUCGAUUUUGUACGCCAUACUCAGUACUUCCGUUUCCGGUAUGGUAAACCCCAUCAUUUAUGGACUCUGUGAUGCCAACUUCCGGCGGGGCUAUCGACGACUAUUCAAAGUUCUCUGCAACAUCAAACAAAUGACACCGAUUACUGAUCGGCGUGUAGUGCGAUCCAGAUCCGGAUUAGAAACACUGGCUCCGGAUUCAACAUCUCAACAACCAGUGCGUUCUUCUUCUUCCAUUGGAUUCCUAAAUUCCGCAUUUGAAUGUCAAGCAACAUUAGACCAAACAACCCGCCCGACGGCUACCAAUGGACUAGAGCAAAUCUUGACAGAAGAAGCGACCUUACCUUCAGAAGGGACCAAUCUUUUGACAGUUAAAAGUGAUCCGAAUGAAUCCUGUGUUAUUCUUGAUGACUCCUCCUCGGUGGUUUUAUCAGAGGAUAUGGAUUCGUAUGAGGAAAUUUCCUCAGGAGGCUCUAGUGAGGAAGAGGAGGAAGAGGAGGAGGAGGAGGACUGUCUCGAAAAAGAAACAUUUAUAUAAUAUGUGAAAGCAUGGAUUCAUUUCCUAUUUAUCACAAAUCGUUACUCUAAAUUAUUAUAUAAUUUACAUUACUUUUGCAAGGUGCUUAAAAAUGUUGAUUUUGGGUAUACUAAUCCUUUUUGUCAAAGUCAUGAAAUGAUGCAUAUUAGGAUCAGGUGGGAGGAACCUGUACGCUAGACAUGCGCACUCUCCUUACAAGAACUAUAUGACAAUAAUAGAAUGAAAUACAAUGGCUUAUGAU